AAUAUUAAUAAUGAUGAUGGUGAAAAAUCCCUCUAAAAACGUAAAUGCUUGUGCAGUUCUGCUGUUCAGAACAGCUGAGUUCCAGCCCAGAAGUGGCUGCCUGUCAGAGCAGAGCGGACACAGUCAGUUCUGUACAGCCUGUAAAGCACUUUGUGGUGGGUCAGGUGAAAGAGGUGAUGGAAAUGGAAAGGAUACCACCAAGCCUCUCCCUCCCCUGGGUCUACGCUGGGGAUGGUGUCGUCUCUUCAUUUGGGGUGUUGCUUUCAAGGCUCCUCCCAGUACAAAACACAGCCCCAAAGCUGCCAGCCCCUGGAGCGGCUGAGGGGGACUCACAGAAGCUGCCCUGCAGCAGCCCUGGCUGAGAUGCGGUUCCUAGUGUGUGUCUCCCUCCUGCAGCUCCCGCUCCUGGGCAGCUGCCUGGACAGGGGCAGGUGUCUGAAGCAGAUCAGCGAGUUCUCCGUGCUGCAGCAGCCCCCGCGGGUGGUGAAGGAAGCCGGAGCCUCUGUAGCGAUGAACUGCACCCUGACACUGCCCCCGGGACACCCCAGACCCAGCAGCAUCCUCGUCACCUGGCACAGGGGGCCCAGAGGGGUUGGCCUGAUGGGCACGGGGAAGCUCUCCGAGGUGGAGGAGCUGCGAGGGCGGGUGGAGACGGCGUGGCUGGAGAACGUCUCUGCCAGCACCCUGCACAUCCACACCCUGCAGCGCAAUGACUCGGCCCUCUACCUGUGCCUCUUCGUUGUCUUCCCCUCGGCCCAGCCCUGCGUCCUAGAGGGGAACGGGACCCGCCUGACGGUGACAGGUUUCUCCACUCCGGGAAACACGACCCGGCCUGGCCCACAUCACAGCACGCUGGCCAGCUGGCAGGUUUUUUCCCUGGGUCUGGGAGCCCUGGGGUUUCUCGUGGGUGCCUUCCUGCUGUGUCUGCACAGAAAGAGGACAGGGCUUGCUUCCAGAGUGUUGCACACAUCACCUCUUGCUGGGGCAGGUGACUCCGCUGGUCACAGCCUUCGGUUGAUGAAGGAGUCUCCGAGUGAGGGAGAAGGGAUCACAUAUACAGAGCUGAGUAUCCAGCCACGGACUCAGAGGAGAGCGACAACGGUAAAUUCCCGAAUGAUGGCAGAAGAGAUCACAUACACCCAUCACAGCAUCCAGCCGCCGACACAGAGCAGAACAACAAAAGCAAGUUCCCCAGCAACGUCUCCCUCCGACACGGUAUACGCUGCGGUUAGAAAGGGCAGAGCAGACAGCUUUCUGUAUUGAGCCAAGGGGGUAUUUCCUUAGGGCAGCUACAGCCAAGCGCUGUCUUGCUGGCUUUUAGCCAACAGAGACAGGAUAGCUGUGUAGUUACUGUCAUCUUAGUGCCGAAUUCCUGCACUGGGUGGUUGUCUGUAUCUUUGGCAUCUGCUCCGUGUACGUUUGAUGACAAGUACCUGGGCAGGAAAACUCGAUGUAACCACGUUGCAAAAUCCUGUUUGUUCAUAAGUGUUCAGGCCAGCAGGGCCCAUUGUGACUAGGAGUCUGACCUCCUGCCUAGCCCAGGCCAGAGAAUCUCACCCCAUGAUUCCUGCACUGGAGGGAAUUAUUCUUGCCCACUACACAAGUGGGGCAGCACCUAAGUGAUUUAGGCGCACCGGUCCAUGCGCUUAAGUCACUUACUGCUUUGAAAAGAGCACUUCCAACCAUGGUUUAGACUCCAGGUGAUGAAGGAUCUGCCACAUCCCGUGCUGACCUAUUCCAAAUGCGAAUCAACUGAGAGGGCCUAAAUUUUACAUGAGGAAAAUUGUCCUGCCAAAAAAUACAGUUUUGUCUAAACUGAAAAUUUUCUUGGGAAAAUCCUGAUUCUUCUGAAAAAAUGUCAAUUUUCCAGCAAGAAAUCUCAAAAUGCAACUUGUCAUUUAUGAAUCAAUAUUUCAGAACAAAGUGACACUUUUUUUUUUUUUACAUAAAAUCUCAUUUAUUUUUGGUUUUAAAGAAGCAAAAUGAAAAGUUAUGUCAAAAUAUAAAACAAAAAUUGUUGCUUAGCUUUGAAAUAUCAUUUUGAAGUGACAAUUUAUGAUUAGUUUCUGACAAAAGUGCUGACAUUUUUCAUGUCAACAUUUCUGAUUUGAAAUUCUGGGGGGCUUUUCAUUCCACACAAUGUUUCAACAUUUAGUUUUUCUGUUCCAAAUGAGUGUCCCAUGGGCUGAAAAAUUCCAUUUCCUGAGCUGCUCUAGCAGUUCCCAUGGCCUGUAAAAACCUUCCCUUUGCUCCUAGUUUGAGUUACUUAUGGUUUUCUUCCUUUUUUGUUGAAACCUUGUCAUUCCUGUGUAAUUGUAAAUAAACCCAACAUUUCCCAGCACAAGGCCUGGAUGAUCUAUCUAUUAAUAGCAUGGCUGUUUCCAGAGACCUGCUUAUCAAGUCCAUAUUUGCUCUGCCAUCCUACUGGAAGGUACAGUACGUGACUCAGCACCUCCUGAAACUCAUCAACUUUGUCUGCCCCUGAGUGCCGACAGCGCAUCCCCUCCCUGUCUUCUAGCACAGACGACUCUCGGCUGAAAUGAACCAUGAUUCCCUAGAGGGAGGGGGUGGAAUAGGGAGGGCACUGCAGAGACCCUAGAGCCAAGCAGAUCUGAUUAGAGUCCUGUAAUUCAUUAUCCCGUUCACAUUGCCACAACAGAUUAGCACCAUGGCUACGUUACUGGAGCAGGGAUGGGGCAUAACUGGCUUUCGGCUCUUUGGUUGAAAUCUACACACAGACCCCGUUACUGAUUUGUGAUCUGUGUUUAAGGUUUGGUUAGUGUCUAUCUGCAUGAAUGCCAUACACCCAGAUAUUGACCUAGCUCUGCUCAGUAGGGACAACACAGGGGUGGGCAUAUAUAACAUAAAUGAAAUAUAUUUUAAAAUUAGCUUACUCUAACUGGGGACCCCAAAC